AUGGGGCGUUGAAUUUCUCCCUCUUCAAUGUUUGGAUCUUCUGCUACAAAAUGAGGCAUUAGAUUCGGAUAAAACCGAUCCGCCAUGCUUGCAAUCUCCAAAUUUCAGCCCAGAAAGAGAGGCUUAAGCCUCUAUGUACUCUUUGGGAUCGCUGGUACAUCGACACGUUACAGUACUCUCUCCACGUGGCCCAAGAAAUGAGCUUCAUCUCUUCAAAUUGGUGGUGAAAAAGUAGCAGAAAGAUGAAUGCAAUUGUGGUGCGUGGACUUACAGUAUGCAUAUCAUCCGCAAAGCUUAUACGAGAUUCUCGCAACCAUGCUUUCAAUUCUAAGUUUUUGAGCUCCAGAACACCUCUCAAGUGUAAUUGCGUGAAGAAGGAGAAAACCCAGAAUUCCUUUGAGGAAUUCUCAGUCCUUAAAUCCGAUAUUCCAUGUGAUAGUGGGAGUUUGUGGAGUGGUAUGGCUUUGUAUGUGUUCAGCUUUCAUGUUCCUUUGAGUUUCGGAGGGCUGUCUGCUAUCAGCAACAUAUUGCAUCGUCCUGUCCUUGAUCCAGAAACUGAGGCAAUAUCCUUGUUAGCUAUUCAAACUUUGGAGCUCAUCGUAGUUCUGCUGCUCUUAAGAUUUCCCAGGAAACCUCAGAGUAGCAUUCUUGAAUUCUUUCAAGCAAGAAAAGAAAGGAACUGGUUGCUUGCAUCAGCUAUUGGCUUUGGCCUUCUUGUUUUCUUGGUUUUUCUCACAUCCUUCAUCUCCUACAGAUUGGUAGGGCCAAAAGAUGUUAACAAUCCGAUCGUGAAGGAAAUCCUUGCAAGCAGCUCCAUCUCUUUAACUGCAUGUGUUCUUGUCUAUUGUGUUGUGACCCCUUUCCUAGAAGAAAUUGUUUACAGGCGGUUUUUCUUGACAGCUCUUUCCUCGACAAUGGAAUGGCAGCAAGCAGUGAUCAUAAGCUCGAUAGUUUUCAGCGCAGUUCAUUUCUCCGCGGAGAAUUUCAUACCAUUGUUCAUCAUUGGCUCCAUCCUUGGAGGGUCUUACUGCUGGUCUGGUAACCUGUGUUCUUCUGUUGUGAUACAUUCAUUGUACAAUGCACUCACAUUACUUAUAACCUACAUGUCAUAACUUAAUAUUUCCACAACAGCAAGAACAUUAUACUUUUAAGAAAUAUAGGUGGUAAUUUCUGUUCUAUUGUGCCCACGCUCAAACAUCAUGCCAAACCAAACUGUAAAGAAAAGAAGUCAUAUUAUAUUCAAUUUGAAGGCUGAAAAAUACAAUGGGUGAGUGGAAGACAGGAAUGGUUAGAUGUGAAUUGUGUGGACUUUGUUGUUUGAGGAUGUUUGGGGGUAUUAGUGAUAGACUGAUUAGCCAAUGAAUUUGUAGAUGAGUGGAAGACAUGAAAGAUAGAUUUCAUUUGAUUUAUAUGGACUUGGUGUCAUAGCAAGUAUAUAUGACUUUUGGACUUCA